AUGUCUCUCUUCUCUGGUCAAAUCCAUACAAACCAGGGAGCAAUAAUUUCUCCUUUUCAUCCAAACGACCCUUUCUUUGAAACAUGGCUUGAUGCAGUGCUCACCUUCCUCCUUAAACAACACACUAACAAAUUAACUUCGUUUUCAGACGAGGUCCGUCAGCUUUAUUGUUUAGCGCAACAUUUCAAUGGGUUUUCUGAUGCUCAAAUACUUAUUUAUACUACUAUUGCCAAAGCAUUCGAAGUUUCUCGAUAUUGGCCUGGAGCAAUCGAGGCUUACGAAAAAAUUUUGGCUUUAAAGCCUGAUGAUUAUGAAACGAUCAUGGGUUUAGCGAGAACUCAUGGUUUAGAAGUACACAAGGAUGAUUUUAUAAAAUAUUCUUAUCAAUCUAUUAAUAUGAACCCUUUCAAUUGGGAUUGGAUCCUAUAUAUAACUGACUUAUUGGUAAAUGGAUUUUUUUCUCUAUUCUCUGAGGCCUUAUCAAUCCUUGAUUAUGUAGUCGAUCAAUUCCCUAAUGCUAAAAUUGGCUUCGGCGCUGAAGUUUAUAAAAUUCAAAAAAUCUAUAAACUCCGAGGGACAAUUAGAGAAAAAAUUGGCGAUAAAGUUGGAUUAUGUUCUGAUUGUUUAAAUAUGAUAGCUGUUUCCUUUUGUGGAAAAACCCUUCCAACAUUUAUUGAUGAAUUAUUAGAAGCAUUAGGAUAUACAAAUAUUAGUAUUACCAAUUAUCCUGUUAUCUUAUUACCACCUGAUUACUUAAUAUCCACCUUAUCAACUACAUUAUUUGCCAGUACAAAUGGUAUAAUUCCUGGACAUGUUGGAUUACUUCAACCAGAUUUCGAUUGUGCUAAAGCCGAGAUAGUAACUGCCUUUCGCACUUUGGCUAGAGAAUUUGAAGCGGAUCCACAAACAAUACAAGCAAAAUUAUGGAGUGCAUCACCAAUGAAAUCAGUUGUCUUAAUAAUGCUUUACAUUGCAAUCACUAUUCAACCAUCUGCACAUCUUUGUUUACAAAUAGCUAAGAUCGCUCUCAAUAUCAAGGAAACUUGCAUCGUCAAUCAAAUCAUCAAUCAAAGAACCAUUGAUGGUACUGGUCUUGCCAUUGAAUAUUUAAAAUAUGGUUUAAGUUAUGAUAAGAAUAAUGUUGAGAUACUUUGUUUACUUGGUGAUAUCUUUUAUCAACAAAAAAACUAUUUUGAAAUGAUUCCUAUAUAUAACAAAAUAAGGCGUGUCGAUUCUCAACUUGAAUUAAAAGAUGGAGCCCGAAUACGUCUUAGAAUCGCAGAAGGUUAUUAUUAUUUGGGUGAUUGUGCAAAAGUCACUAACGAUCUGAAAACUGCAAUUGAUCAUUAUCAAAAUUCUUUCGCAUUUGCUAAUUUUAAGAGUGAUGCAUAUUUAGAUCAUCCAAGAUUUUUAACGACUCUCACUCAAAAUUUAAAUUAUGUAUGUAAUUGGAAAAGUCGUGGUGGUAUCGGUAUUUAUUGGUCAGAUUAUAUGGGCAACUUACGUAUGGAAUCUAAACCACGUGCUAACCCUGGUUACAUGAAAAUGGUGUCCGAUGCUGUUGACAAAGAACUUGCAGAGGGUGCCAAUUAUGGAAAAGGUGUAAUUAAUAGUUCUGGCGGAAGUUUACAUCUUUUAAAUACUUGGUGUAGUUGUUUAAGUGAUAAUGAUAAAUCACUCCGAUAUCUCAAUUUUAUGGCAUCUCAGUGGACUCUUCGAGAGCCAGUAUUUAAAAACGAAGGUGGAUGGAUAAUACGAACUAUUUUACAUUUGAUGCGAAAAAUACAGCGUCAAUGGUACUUAGAUAUUUAUGGACAAACAUAUAAAAGUUUUGUUCCAUUACCCAAAAUUCAAUUAACUCCAUCUGCCCGAGUUAAAUAUCGAAGACCAUUAAUUCCCGUAGGUUUAUCACGUCCAUCAAGCACAUCCGUCCAACCAUUUUAUACCUUUAUUUAUGAUAUGGCCCCUCGUCAAGUUCGUCUAAUAACACAUCGGGAAGCACUAUGUGUUGCCUAUGAUGGCUGUACUGCACCAUGGUUAGAUACGUGUGUUUAUCCACCACCACCACCGCCUUCUCCUAGACUUAAGAUUGGUUACGUUUCGUCCGAUUUACGAAAUCAUCCAAUGGCUCAUUUAAUGCAAUCAGUGUUCGCUUUUCAUGAUCGAACAGCUUUUGAAGUGUACUGUUAUUCCCUUAUGCCAAAUGAUGGUUCUCCAUAUCGUGCUAAAAUUGAACAAGGGGUUGAUGUAUUUUAUGAUUGUAGUGGAUCUAGUACAGAACAAAUAGUUACUCAAAUAGUAAAUGAUGGAAUACAUAUUCUUGUUAACCUUAACGGUUAUACAGCUGGCGAAAGGAAUCAAAUUUUUGCAACUCGUCCAUCUCCAGUACAAGUUGAGCAUAUGGGAUUUGCUAGUGCAAUGGGUGGCAUGUGGACGGAUUAUAAUAUUGUUGAUGCGUUUGUCUGUCCUGAAUCACAAACCGGGAAUAACAAAUUAUCGCGAAAAUUUACUUAUAAUGAUGGAGAUUUGUUAGGAGAAAUGGAUCCGGAGGUUGACGAUAAUGAUUGGACCUAUCCGGAAAAAGCUCUCUAUUUGCCUCAUACAUACUUCUUUAAUGAUCAUAAACAAGGAUUUCGUGAUGAUGCGUAUUAUGUCAACAGUCCAUAUGCUAAUGAUCCCGCUAUAAUAUGGGGUUUAGAAGAGGAUAGACGUUGGGAUAUGAGAAAAUCACUUUUUCCUCACCUUCCUGAAAGUGCUGUAAUCUUUGCAAACUUUAACCAACUUUAUAAGAUCGAUCCCGUGAUCUUUAAUACGUGGUUAAAUAUCCUUGAUAAAGUCCCUAAUUCAUACUUAUGGCUGCUGGCAUUCCCAGAAGAAGGUACAAAAUAUCUUCAAGAAACUGCGCGUAGGUGGAAAGGACCACGUGUUGCGGAUAGGAUUAUUUUUACGGAUGUUGCAUUAAAAGAAGAACAUGUUUUGAGAGGAAGAAUAGCUGACCUUGUAUUAGAUACACCUCAAGUAAAUGCUCAUACUACAGCAUGCGAUACCCUUUGGUCAGGUACACCUAUGGUCACAUUACCUGGUCCUGACCAUAAAAUGUGCGGUAGAGUAGCUGCAUCAGUCUGUCGAGCAACAGGAUUUGGAGAUAAGAUGAUAGUUAGUGAUCAUCGAUCUUAUGAGGAGAGAGCCAUUGGGCUUGCAAAAUCUGUAUCAUAUUCAUAUUGGCAUGGGAGUUAUGCUCCUUAUUUGCCACCAUGUGUUCAUCGAAAUGGGCAGGGAGAGUUGAUCGAAUUGAGAAAGAAAAUAUUUCUUAAUAGGGAUAAAAUGCGUCUUUUUGAUACCGAAAAGGCUGUUCGGGAACUAGAGAGAGGAUUUACUGAAGCUUGGGUACGUUGGGUUGAUGACAUUGAACAAAACAUUCAUGUUAAUGGUUAA